AUGGCAGUGCUGUCCCCCCAGUGCUGUCAAUGUGUUUUGUUAUGAAUUUGUCAUGAAUUUGUCAUCGGCUACUUAAAGUUUAUAAUUUAUAGUCGAUUAGUUCGUAGUUUUAAUACGAUAUUUCAGACAAGGAAAGAUUGGUUACGUUUCUCAAUUCUUCACACCUAAAAUCUUUAGUCAUUUGGAAAUCCUCGAAACUCGAAAAGUCACAUAUUCCAUCUAAAACUCCCAGCGUCUGUUGGAAUACGCGAUUGAAUUUGAUUUAGUCCCGCAUGAUUCAUUCCUUCCAUGGACAGGCAUAAUUUGGACGGAGAUGAAGCCGUUCGUUCGACAAACGACGAUGCAAGUCACUGUAAAAGAUUUGCAGUUCAUCUGGGAUAUUGGUCUGACCCCUACUUGCCUCUUCUGGUACGCAAUACUGAGAGGAAAACCCCUGAAAUUAACCGUGGUUACUUUGCAAGAGUCACAGUGAUAACAAAUAUGGUGGAAAAAUUCAUAAAGGCUAUGAAAGGAAAUUGCCAAAUUGUAAACUUUGGAGCUGGCUUUGACACUCUUUUCUGGAAACUAAAGGGUGCUGGUCUACCUGUAAAAAAGUUUGUAGAAAUAGAUUUUGCCAAUGUUACUUCACGUAAAUGCCACUAUAUCAAGAACAACAGCAAACUGAUGGAAGCUCUUCACUGUGAUGAUGAAGAAGUGAGUUACAAUACCACUGAGUUGCAUUCUGGGAUCUAUCAUUUGGCAUCGGCAGAUCUACGCAAGUUAUCCGAAGUAGAGUCAAAGCUAAAGGAGUGUUCAAUGGAAUUCAGCGUACCGACCCUUUUUCUCUUCGAAUGUGUUUUAGUCUACAUGCCCAUACAAUUCAGCCACUCUCUUUUGCAACUCAUUGCGGACAAAUUUUCUACCACUUUCUGCAUCAACUAUGAACAGGUCAAUAUGACUGAUCGCUUUGGAGACGUCAUGCUAUCUAAUUUGAGAUCAAGGGGCUGUUCUUUAGCGGGCGUAGAAGCUUGCGCGUCACUGAAAACGCAGGAAGACCGAUUUAUUCUCAAUGGCUGGGAUGGAGCCCAAGCGCUGGAGAUGAACCAAGUUUACCACGGUCUAAUAUCACCGCAGGAAAUUCAAAGGAUAGAAAAAAUCGAAUUCCUUGACGAGAAAGAAUUAUUAGAUCAACUUUUUCAUCAUUACUGCAUCUGCGUGGCAUGGAAAGACAGCCUCGAUUUAAAGUUGAACUUGUUAAACAUCAGUUAAAAAUGUAAAAAGAAAAAAAAACAAACAACCGUGCUAUUAUAAAGUUAUUCAAAUAAAAGUGAUCCUGUAUACAUCGGCAGAAAGAUAACAGAAUAAACGUUUAACUCCACUAA